CUCCCCCUCCCUUACCCCUGAUCGUACACCUACCCAUCUUCCCAGCCCCUCCAUCCCCUGCUACCCCAUCCUCGAUCCUGCUAGUCGACGGUAGACCCAAUGACUAUCCUCUCCGACCACGUUACAAUCCUCUUUGCUGACGUGCCCUCUUCCUCCUCGCUUCAAACAAACCUCGAUGUGGGAAUCACGAUAUGCUGUGAUUUCUAUCUUUGAAAAGCUUCAAACUGCUAUGUCGGCGUGAACUCCAAUUCUUUAUCACUGAUGGCACCACCAUCUACUGUUGGUGGGUAAUUUCUUUUCUUCAUUAUGAUCAUCAACCAAUUCUCUGCUAAUUUAUAUCAUCUCAAUAAUUCCAGAUUUUUCAGUACCCAAAGGAUGAAAUUAACCGAUUGAUAAAUUUAGUGAUUAUUGAAUCAUGAAGUCAAACAUCAGAAAGUGGUGUGAGUGGGUUGUGACCAGGGUCCCUCAUGUUUCAGGGAUCUACACAGCUGAGCAAACCAAAUCUUGGAAGAAAAUACUGGAUGUCCUUCAUGUCGAAGGCAUCCUCAGAUUUUGUCAACCCUGGGGUGGGGGCGUGAGGAUUGCGGACCAGGUUCCUGAAUGUUCAAGGGAUAACAGGUGAGCAAAUUAAAUAUUAGAAUAAGGUACUGGAUGUAUUUCAUGCCGAAGGCAACCUCAGAUUUUGUCAACCUUGGGUGGGGGCGGGAGGAAAUGCAGCGGAGGGUGGGGCUUGAUCCUGUACCGUUUCUUCUUCGUCGCCCAACACCAACCCCUUCCCUUGAAAGCGGAGGAUCCAACUCUCCCUUUCCCAAAUCCCAUUCUCCAGCGCUCGAACCCUCUAUUGAUAUCUACUCUCCUCCGCUGCAUCCACCAUCUCAUCUGGUACCGACUUCUCCUCCAACAUCAGCACCAUGGGGUUGCAGGGCUGAGCAAGGAAUCAAGGGCAGGAGAAGGGAAGGUGGAGGUAAGGGUAAAAAUGUUAAAGAAAAAUGAGGAUAAGAAUACGAUACUGUUUUGGUUAGUUUUGUAAAUCCGAAUUCAAAAGUGGGUUAUUUGGUAAAGAUAAAUUCAGAGUGGGUAAUUUGGUAAAGGCAAACCCAGAACUGGCUAAUCUUGUAAUUUUCCCUAGUUUUUUUCCCAUAUAAAGGGAAUGAGGAGAAUUUCCAGAGGGCGCCAAGACGAAAGAUUCACAAAAGGAGCAGGGCUGAGCAGGGGCUAGGGAGAGACGGGAGUGCGCGAGAUGAAGUUCAAAGCUUUCCUUACAGACAACGGAGUUGCUCUGCUAGAGAAGAGAUUCCUCCCGGCGAUGGAUAAGAUGGGAAGGGUUUGUCACCUUUACCUCACUAGAGACCACGCAAUGUUUCUCCACAACCUCCUCAACGGCGACGGGGUGCAGUCUAUCGCUCAAUUCCGCAAAGAAUCCCUCUUCGACGACUACCGCAUUUCCAGCCAGAACGAGGACCGUAUCGCCUUUCUCGUGGAUCUCGGCCUCCUCCAUCGCGCCCUCCGCAGCAGCGUCAACAUCAGCAUCGAGGGUGCCGCCGGCAGCGGUGGUGUUGCUGCCACUUCCAAUCGCCUCCAGAUCAAGCUUGUCAAGAAGCAAGCCCCAAAUUCUCGCCAGCCCAUGCCUUUCCUCACCUUCGAGACCAAGGGUUACAAAUCUGCAGUCAUACAGGAUGUUCCCAUAUCUAAGCCUUUGUCAAGGGCUGAUGUUAUGGAACUCCAAUCUGCUCUUGACUUGGCACAGGACCUGCCCCAGACUCUGGUGCAGAUACCUGAUCUACUACAGCUGCAAAACUUUGUGGAUCGGCUAAAGCAAGUGGGUGAUUUGCUUAAUGUCUCCAUAACCCAGUAUGGGGAUCUCCAUUUACAAGUUUCAACUACCCUGAUUACUGUUGGUUCCGAGUUUCGGAAAUUGAGAGUUCUUGGAGUCCAAGUGGAAGCUCCUGCUGGGGAUCAAGUACUCAGCGCUCAGUCUCGUAGAGAAGUGGCACUACAGAAGGGAGAAGCUCUUUCUGUGCAUGUGAGCAUGAAGCAUUUUACCAAGACUCUGUAUUGUCACUUGGCAAAGCCUGAUUGUGCUUUCUAUGGUAUAGCUCCACAAGAUGCUUGUUUGACUGUGAUAUUCCAGUUCUUCAUUCCCGGGACACGGCAGACAGAUAAAUCCAUCAGCUUACACUGCAGGCUUCCUGUACUUGACAUUGGUUCUAGUUGACAUGCUAUCAGUUUACCAUUAUCCUGUCUUCCUCUUUAGCUAGAGAAAACCUUCUCUAUUGUUCAAGUGAUCCAUUUAGUCUCUUCUGAUCAGGUUUUUCAAUUUCACAAUUCUUGUAUAGCUUGGAUGCACCAUAUCUUUUAAUUUUGCUUGAAGUGCAUCAUGAUUUUCACACUUUCUCUUGGGUACAUUUAUUUCAAUGCAUUGUAUAGAAAUGUAAAAUCAAAGGAAAAGAAAAUGUCCUAUCACUUGGAUGUGCA